UUUUUUCUUUCUUUCUUUCUUUUUUUUUUCUUCCUAUAAAUAGAUAGCUGAGGAGUUGCUAACAAAGAAAAAAGAAAGUCCGUUUGAGUGACUUUUUUUUUGGUAUGUGCUUUGAGCUUGAAAGCCCUUCUUUAACGUUUUAAUCCAAUGGAAGAGGAGGAGGUGGUGGCGGUCGGCGUGGAGAGUUGCUGACAUGUGUAACGCAACGGUGGAGAUUCGGUGCUGUGAGCUGAUUUUUCUUGGUGAUGAGGAGGUAAGAAAGGAUUGGGGUUAAUGGGCAGCGGUGUAUGGAGGCUGUGCAUGUGGGGGGUGAAGAAGGAUAAAGAUCUGAAGCUAGCCUUGAUUGGAAAGUCUGGAGUGGUGGGUUUUGUGUUGUGGGUGUGGUUCUUCAGGAAAUGAGAAUUGAAGAUUGGGAUUUUGAGGUGCUAUAGUAGAAAAUAUUGUCGUUUCGGAAGUUUAUUCUGUACUGGGGUCUGGAAGAUUCGAACUUUAGUGUUAUGUGGUUUGAAGAAACAGUAAUUUGGAUGCAAUGUUAAAGGCAUUGGCAUCUGGGCUGUUGAUUUCACUGAUUAUUAUAUCGGCAUCUGCAGCCGGAUGUAAUUGCGAGGAUGAGGGUAGCUUAUGGAGCGUUGAGAGCAUUCUGGAGUGCCAGAAAGUGAGUGAUUUCUUGAUCGCUGUGGCCUACUUCUCGAUCCCCAUUGAGCUUCUUUACUUUAUUAGCUGUUCGAACGUCCCCUUCAAAUGGGUUCUCCUCGAAUUCAUUGCCUUCAUUGUUCUGUGUGGAUUGACCCAUUUGCUCAAUGGCUGGACUUAUGGUCCACACCCAUUUCAGCUAAUGCUGGCUCUCACGGUCUUCAAGAUUCUCACUGCUUUGGUCUCAUGUGCCACUGCUAUAACACUCAUCACUCUCAUCCCUUUGCUUCUCAAAGUGAAGGUGAGGGAAUUCAUGUUGAAGAAGAAGACUUGGGAUCUUGGCCGAGAGGUUGGAAUUAUAAUGAAAAAGAAAGAAGCUGGAUUGCAUGUUCGGAUGCUUACACAAGAGAUUCGGAAAUCGCUUGAUAGGCAUACAAUUUUGUACACGACCCUGGUCGAGCUAUCUGAAACUUUGGGUUUGCAGAACUGUGCAGUUUGGAUGCCUAAUGAGAAUAAAACAGAGAUGAACCUGACCCAUGAGGCUUAUAGGAGGAAAUAUUCAGAUACGUAUAAUUCUGCUAUACCAAUUACUGAUCCAGAUGUUGCAGAUAUCAAGAUGAGUGAGGAAGUGAUUGUCCUUAGUCCCGACUCAGCACUUGCUGCUGCAAGCAGUGGAGACUCAGGUGAACCAGGAUCGGUGGCUGCAAUUCGAAUGCCAAUGCUUCGGGUUUCCAAUUUCAAAGGGGGAACUCCUGAGAUGAGACAGGCUUGCUAUGCAAUAUUGGUUUUGGUUCUUCCAAGUGGACAACCUAGGUCUUGGAGCACCCAGGAACUUGAGAUAAUUAAGGUCGUUGCUGAUCAGGUGGCUGUGGCUCUUUCACAUGCUGCACUUCUUGAAGAGUCCCAGCUUAUGAGAGAGAAGUUGGUAGAGCGAAAUCAAGCCUUGCAACAGGAAAAGACGAAUGCUUUGAUGGCGAGCCAGGCAAGAAACGCAUUUCAAAAGGUAAUGAGUGAUGGAAUGAGGAGGCCAAUGCACUCAAUUUUGGGUUUGCUUUCAAUGAUGCAGGAUGAGAAUAUGAGUAGCGAACAGCAAACUAUUGUUGACACAAUGGUGAGGGCCAGCAAUGUUUUAACAACUUUGGUAAAUGAUGUGAUGGACAACUCUAGAAAAGAUAGUGGAAGAUUUCCAUUAGAGAUGAGAUCAUUUCGCUUACAUUCUGUGAUAAAAGAAGCGGCUUGCCUAGCAAAGUGCUUGUGUGUAUAUAAGGGCUUUGGCUUUACAAUUGAGGUUGAGAAGUCACUGCCUGAUCAUGUAAUGGGUGAUGAAAGAAGGGUUUUUCAGGUGAUUUUGCAUAUGGUUGGGAACCUGUUGAAUGGAAACGAUGAAGGGGGAUCUGUAAUGCUCCGGGUUUUCUCUGAGAGUCAAAGUCAGGGAAGGAAUGAUCAAAGAUGGUCAACCUGGAGAUAUAUGUCCUCUGAUGGGGAUGUGUAUAUUAGAUUUGAGAUUGCGAUAAACAACAGCAGUUCUCAGUCGGAGAGUGCCAUUUCAAUUGCACAGCCUGGUGGUCGGAGGUACACUAGCGAUGGACUUGAGGAGAGCAAGAGCUUCAGCAUUUGCAAAAAGCUAGUGCAGUUGAUGCAAGGGAACAUAUGGGUGGUCCCUAACCAUCAAGGACUUGCUCAAAGCAUGGGACUUGUUCUUCGGUUUCAACUCCGACCAUCCAUUGCAGUAGCCAUCCCAGAACCUGGAGAAUCUUCAGAGCACACACAUUCUAACUCUCUUUUCAGAGGCGUACAAGUUUUAUUAGUUGAUGAUGACAACGUAAACAGGGCCGUGACGCGAAAGCUGCUUGAAAAACUAGGCUGCACUGUUACUUCUGUUUCUUCUGGAUUUGAAUGCCUUGGUGCUAUUGGCCCAUCAGGUUCUUCUUUCCAAAUCGUUCUUUUGGAUCUUCACAUGCCGGAGUUGGAUGGGUUUGAAGUUGCGAUGAGAAUUCGGAAGUACCGUAGCCAUAGUUGGCCAUUGAUCGUUGCCUUAACUGCAAGUGCUGAUGAAGAUGUGUGGGAAAGAUGUAUGCAUAUUGGAAUGAAUGGAAUCAUUCGGAAACCAGUUCUGUUGCAAGGUAUUGCCAGUGAGCUUAGAAGAGUCCUGAUGCAAGCAAACAAAGUUGUAUGAUGAGUCUGAUGACACAGGCUGUAAAAGUUGAGUACUGCAGUGUUCAGGAUUCUUUCACAUCCUCUCUGGGGUUCUUGAUAAACCAAGCGAAUGACAUUAUUUGGCUCCCCAAAUACCCCAACAAGCUUCCAGAUGUUAUACACACAACAUUCAGUCAAAAUGCUAUACAAAAUUAGGUCACUUCUUCUA